AACUGAAAACCCUAAACCCCAACCGACCUUCGCUCUUUCCAUCCGUCUCUCAUUCUCUCCUCGAAGCUCGUCGGCAGAUUCGCACUCUCUCGCCGCCGCCGCCGCCGCCGCCGCCGCUCCCAUUGCCGGCGAAACAGAGUUGCGUUUGUCUUUCUUCAUAGAGUCGUGUCGGAUGGCCGUGAAUCGGAGAGGACCGCCGCGUUCGAUGAGGACGAUGUGCCGGAGGAUGAAAUGAACGAUCUUGGGGACGAAGCCGUCGAUUCCGAGUUGGAAUCGGACGAAGAAGAAGACGAAGAAGACGGAGAUGAAGACGUGAAGUUGCCCGAGGCCAAGGCGAACGCCGUGUACGACCGGGACGGCAUCAUGGAUAAGCUCGGAGACAUGAGCUGGCCGCAGGGUGUGCCCUGGAUACAGAGGCUCACCGUCGACGUCUACAGCCAGCAGGAGAAAGAGGUCGACGUGAACGACGACCUCGCGCGGGAGCUCGCUUUCUAUACGCAGGCGCUCGAGGGGACGAGGGAAGCCUUCGGGAAGUUCGAGUCGAUGGGGCUCCCCUUUCUCAGGCCGUCGGACUAUUAUGCGGAGAUGGUGAAGACCGAUUCUCACAUGGAGAAGGUGAAGAGCCGGCUUUUGGCCGAGAAGAGGAACAUCGAGGAGGCGGAGGAGAGGAAGAAGGCGAGGGAGUCUAAGAAGCUGGCGAAGGAGGUUCAGGCUCAGAAGCAGAAAGAGAGAGCUAAGCAGAAGAAGGAUGAGAUAGAGACUGUGAAGAAGUGGAGGAAGCAGAGGCAGAAGAGUGGAUUCCCAGAAAACGAUAAGGACGGCGAUCUGCCCUUGGAUUUCGAGGACGGGAAGCCUUUCGUGAAGUCCGGGAAGAAGAGGCCUGGUGUGACUCCAGGGGAUCGAUCCGGAGGGAAAUCGAGGCAAGGUGUUGGCAAGGGAAGGAAGGGAAUGGACAAGAAGAUGAAGAAGAGGGAAACGCGGGACUCCAAAUUCGGGUUUGGGGGGAGGAAAGGCGUGAAGAAGCAAAACACCGCCGAGACUACCAAUGACUUGAGAGGCAUCAAACAAAGUAAUGCCUCCGGAAAUAAGAAAAGGAAGAGGUGAUUGUGUUCCGGUAUCAUUCCAUUCUAGGGCUUCAUUACGGAAGUAUAUGCAAGACAAUUUUGUGGUAGGGGGAUGAUGCUUUGUGAUAGCUUGUGGAGCAUAUAUGACAGUAGCGCGCUCGUACUUUAGCUGCUAAUGCAGCAUAUGAAGUUUGGUUUCACUUUUGCUUAUUUGAUUUUGAUUAUGUUAAACAUAGCCUCCUAUAUGCAAGUCAAUACUGUUUUUGCUCAUUUUUGUCCACUUUUCUCGUGGUUAGCCUCAUUGAAGUGUUGUGUUCUUUGGCUCUGCUCGACCGCAGUUGUUUUAGCCUUAUGUGUACAGGCAACUUGCUGA